AUGGGAUCGCCGAAGACAGGUCUGAUCAAGAUUGGACCAUAUUUUUGGGGUGGUGGUAGUAAUGAUGGUUUAUGGAUUUAUAAUUUUUUUCAUAUGUAUACAUAUUAUUUAAAGUUCUUAUAAGUUAUAGGUAAUAGAAAUGUUACUUUGACUUGUUACCAAAUACUUAAUAUAUUUAAUAUACUUUCUUGUAUUAGUCUUAUUCUGAUGUAAUAUAAUGAAAUAUAAUAAAAUUCUGAAAUGUAUGAGUUAUACAACUUUAUUAAAUAGAAUUAUAAAGCGGACUGCUCAUUACGCGAGUUGCCAAUCAGACAGUUUACAAUGUAUCUACACGCACGAUGGGUGGUCUACUGUUGUAGGUAAAAAGUUGAGAAGAUAUAGUCUAGACCUCAUUUACGUACAUUAUAUGAAAAUUACAGGUUUCUACGAUUACUUGUAACCUAAAUAAAACAAAUAAAACAAACCGACAUACUUUGCACGGUGGGUGGGCCACUGCUAUAGGUGAAAAGUUGGAAAGGUAGAGGGGAAACGUAAUGUAUAUAUAUAUAACUACACAAAGAAUAACCAUUGCUAACAAAAAACGAUUCUGAGUGGAGUUCAGUUGUACAUCUUUUGAAAGUCCGUAGUAUUUGCAAUUUGAAAAUAAUACAUUUCUUAAAUUUCCACGUUUGUUCUAAAUUUUUUCCGGUUUUCCCACUUAUUAUGAAAAUCUAUGGAAACGUCAAAAAAUGACUUUUUUAAAAUACCAUCCUGUCAAAUUUUUUCAGAAAAUGUACUACACUUGAAAGUCUGAGCAAAAUUCCUGGUAGAAAAAUUGUGAAGGAACGAAGGGGGCAAUAUAGGCCGUGUUUCUUAUACGAUUUUCUAUUUUUCAUGCAUUUUCUAAUAUUUAUAAUUCUUUGAUCUUAUUAUUAUAUUAAAUCAUAUUACAUGCAUUAUUUAUAUAUAUAUAUACAUAUAAUCAUACAGAAAAUAAAUUAUAUUUAUUUUGUUAUAAUUGUAGGUAUAUGCCUUAAACAUAGGUGAAGAUUUAAUACGUUUCGGAGGAGGGGGGCAAGUAGAAUAGCUCAAAUAUACACGGUUUUUUAAAAGUCGUCAUCCGACGACUGAUUACGAACAGAUAUAGCCCAGCAAUCGUUGAUCGCAGGUUAACGAUCCAUAUACUAGUGGAAAGAUAAGAUAGUCAACUUUCUUUCUAGUUUAUUUUAUGUUGCUGAUAAAUUCUGUAAUGAUUAGUGAACUUCCGUCAGUUAGUUUUGAUGUGGCGAUGAUUAGAGUAUUGGACAAUGAUCUGGCGAUUCAUCCUUGGCUAUCAAGUUCCCCCUGAACGCCCAGUGUGUGAUUUAUUUUUAUGGGCCUAUGUAAAAGAUAAAGCUUAUGUACCACCAUUACAUACAGACUUUGAAGAGCUCAAAACCAGGAUUAUAGAAACUGUGAAUGCCGUGACACAAGAUUUGAUCAGCAACGUUUGGGGGGAAUUUGAAUACCAUAUAGAUGUAUGUCGGGUAGCUGUGAACAUUUUUUAA